UAGCUCCCAAAUUCCUCAUUUAAGAAUCUCUAGGUUAGAACACACUAGGAUGCCCAGUUUGAAUCACUGUUCCUCAGACGCUAAGUCUCAGAUGUUUCUGUCCACACUGGAAUGAGUUAUCUGAUUUUUCAUCAGACUCAAUGUAGCCUUGGCAUAUCCUUUAAGGAACAUUUGUGAACUGACUUGAUGUAGGCAGAGAAUAGGGAAACAGUGGAACAGGUAUUUCCAGACCCUGGAUUUUGGAUAUAAUUGACUUUAUGUGGUACCUACCCUCCUCAUAUCCCCAAGUCUCCCUCUCUGCCUCCUUCCAGGCUCAGUCAGCAUCAUUUUCCCUGGGGACCAUAAGCUGCCAAGAAGCCCCGAGAGGAAGAGAGACUUCCGAUAUGAGCAGAUUACAGUCGACACUGGAAAGCCAUCUGACAAAGGGGAAGGCACCACAGAGACAGAGCUAUGUAAUUGGUUGUCAAUAUAUGUAUUUCAAAAUACAGUCUCCAGGUAUCCAACUUCCCAAGGAGAUAAAAAAGAAUCUUUCAGUGUGAAGGCUUGUUACAUCUCAAAGAAAGCAUGCUGGUACUUUGCAAGGACAGAGCAAGAAGGCAACAAUCCAGAGAGCUGUACAACAUAGGAUUUCUCUGACACCUUGUCCUGUCACAGCUCGGGGGGGCUUUAGAUUUUUGUCUUCUGUCUCUUCCUCUUUUGCAGCUUCCCAGGGUGAUGCAACCAAAUCCAUUGCUCGGAGUUUUCUGUGAGGCAGCAGCUGUGUAGUUUGGCCAGAUCCACUCUGCAGAGGAAAAUGAUGAUCUGAUUCUCCAUGUUGCCUCUGUCACUGAAAGAGGAUAAUAAUAAUAAUAAUAAGAAGAAACAUGUUUUUCUUCGCUCUUAGGGACUUGAGGCAGGAAAUUCAUUAGAUUUGACUAUGAGGUGUUUGAAGCACUGGCUGGGGGAGAGGCUGAGCACUGUUGGCAAAAUUAGGUUCUUGACCCACCCUGGAAAAAUGAGUGUUCCUCUGUCACCAGGGACUGGGUGGGAUGCCUCUAUUCUCCAGCGCUUGGUGGUGAAAACAGCUGUCAGUUUAACUGACUCACUCUGUGAAGACAUCAGAAAGGGAGACAAGAUGCCUCCCUGGCCAAAGCAAAAUGGGCCUCCUUUGGGAUUAUUGUCCUAGGCACUGGUGAGAAUAGAUGAGGACAUCAUGUCUGGGACCAGGCAGUCAGAUACUUGAAGCAGGAUAUCUACCUGGAGCCAAAACAGACAGGUACCCAAAGGCUUAGAAUAGUGACUUUCUUUUUUUCUAGCUCAGAAAUGGGAAAAACAUAUGGACCCUAGGGUUCCCAGUGUGUGGUGAAGACACCGUAAUGGCUUCUUUUGUAGGUGGCUGUCCCUUUUUCCAGAGCAGAGAGUGAUUUGAUAUUCCUACUGGGAAAAGCACAGACCAACCUUGACCCAAGAGUCUUUCACUCACUUAUUCACUUAGUAAGUAUUGAUUGGGCAUCAACAAUUAGCCACUGUUCUGAGAAGGCAGAAACAGACUGAGACAGUUAAAGACCUCAUUCCCAAGGUAUAGCCAGUUUAGCUGGAAAAGCAAGCAACCAUCAAGCAAAUAAUUUCCCCUUCACCCUCACCAGCAUGUGAACUCUAUCAGAGCAGAUUUUCUCUCUCUCUAUUUUUUUUUUUAAGAUCCGUUUUGUUCACUACUAUAUUCCUAGGACCUAGACUCGGUACUGAAUGUCUGUCACCAGUAGGUGGUUUGCUAAAUACUUGAAAAGAGAAGGCAAUUUCAGGUGAGGCCAAUAGAAGAAAGGAACCUGAGGGUGGUUAGAAGGAGAUGAAGUGGAUAGAGAGGGAUGUUGUUGUUAAAAUAUAAAAAUAAAAAAAGUAUUGGUGUCUUUUACCUCCCUGGGUCCUGCACUGCGGUGCCCAAGGUAUCUGCUAGAUAUCUUGGCGGAAACACAUCCCAGUUGCACACUUUCCUACACUCAAACCCUCAAUAAAAGAACACACAACACUAUAAUCUUAGAUCCAAUUGAUAAGAUAUAAUUGCCCACUUAAACAUACAAAGCCCGGUACCAUCCAUCCCUUAGGAACAUUGAUAACCUGUAAAUACACAGAGCAGAAUCUUAACAUCACCUGCCUCUGUCUCCCUUUCUCCUACUCUCCUCCUCUUCCUUCAAACUUCUCUCUCGACCAUCCUUCCUUCUCCUCCAAUGACAGGCCUCCUUCUAUCCUGUACCUGCCCCUCACCUGUACUUUACAAAUACAAUGGGGAGGUUCUGGUGAAGUCACCCGAUUCCUGAGUACUGACUAGGCAGCUGUCCUUGGGGCAGUGGAAUUAGCAUCCAAAUACAGAUAACUUCAGGGCAAACCACAACAGAGGGAGAUGAUGGAAUCCCCAGUUCCUCUCCUCUUACCCAAUUUGUAGCAAACCCUGCAAGACUGUGGUGAGAGUUUGGACUAGAGAAAUAGAUUCUAAGCACAGCAAGUCUGCUUAGUAAAUACUUUUACUUAUUUAUUUUUUAUUUGUUAUUUCUCAGUAUGUAGGUAUGUGUGUGCCGCGAUAUGCAUGUUGGAAGUCAGAGACAUAUUGGGAGACUUUCUCCCCUUCCAUCUUGUGGGUUCUGGAAACUGGACCCCCAUUGUCAGACAAAGGUCAUUAUCUGCUGAGCUGUCUGGAUGGUUCCUCUCAGUUUAUACUCUAAAAAUCCCUGCUGUGAAGUUGGGGGUGGGGUGGGGAGCAAGAUGGGAAAUCAGUUAGGAACUUUUCCUGUGGUCCAGACCAGGAUUCUUGAUGGUUGUUGCAAGCAGGCUGGGGAGGUCAGGUUCUAGAUGUGUUUUUGAGGUAGAACCAAUAGAAUUUAUUAAUGGGAGGAAUGUGGAGACUAAGGAAGGAGGAGUCCAGUGUGACUCUGGGCUGUUGGGUCUGAGCUUACAGGUAGAUGUCAGUGCUCUUGGGAGAGGUUAGGAUUAGGCUCCUGGAACCCUGGCAUUGAGGGUAGAUGGGAUUGGCUAGCCAGGGAGUAUGUAACCCUAAAGUUAGUUUUUAGGGUUGUAUCUUGAAGGCUUACCAGGGCAUUUUGGCCAGACUUGAGGCAGGGUUUAUAUAUGACAAAGAUGGGUGGGAUCCAACUUUCCAAUCAAAUAUUUAAAAGGAAAUUUUAAAUUACAGCUUUAACUUGAAGGCAAUGUUUCUAUGUUAGUCCCAGGGGCUAAACUCAAGUUGUCAGGCUUGGUAGAGGGCACAUUCACUCACUCAGCCAUCUCAUGCAGGCUUUGGAAAAAAAGGAUUUUUAGUAUUGAGAACCUAAAAUAUCUUCAAACCAUGGUUUUAGUUGUCCUGUCCUUUUAAAAGGUAAGCAUUAUUUUCUCUAAAUGAAUGCUUAUCAAAAACCCAAUCUAUGAGGUAAUUUAAUUAUUCUGACAAGCCCAGGUCAUCUGUGUUUGGCUUUUCCUUUCUUAUUUCUUUUUUCCUGUCCUGUCUCUCCAGGUGUUCUCACAAUAGCAACAAAGAUAUCUUCUUCCCACUUACUGUUGGAUUGAUGUUGGAAAUCCUGUGGGUACGGAUUCAUUCCGUUCACUUAAAAAGAUCUUACUCUCCUAAAACACAAACCUCACAGAGAAAAGCACAGCACAGGAGGGCUUAAUUAUUGGUCCCCACACAUCCUUAGGACACUGACAGAACUGCACUUACCUGCUUCUUUUCUUUUUUAACCCGACCACUGGAGUCAACUUUGGUGUCUCAGGAAGGCUGCUGGAUCAUGAUGUUUCUCAAUGAGAGGACUGGGCGGAGUUCUGUCACUUUCCAAUUUCACUGGGUCUGUGGACAGCCAUGGGACCUGCCAGUGUUCUGUUUCCCUGCCGGACACCACUUUUCCUGCUGACAGAGUGGAGCGCUUGGAGUUCACAGCUCACACCCUUUCUCAGAAAUUUGAGAGAGAGUUUUCUAAGGUGAAGGAGUAUGUCCAGCUAAUAAGUGUGUAUGAGAAGAAGCUCCUGAACCUGACUGUCCGAGUAGAGGUCAUGGAGAAGGACAGCAUUUCUUAUACAGAACUGGACUUUGAGUUGAUCAAGCUAGAAGUGAAGGAGAUGCACAAACUGGUCAUACAGCUGAAGGAGAACUUUGUUGGAAGUACAGAUAUUAUUGACAUGCUUGAAGUGGAGAUAAGGAAUAUGACUCUCCUGGUAGAGAAGCUGGAGACGCUAGACCAAAACAAUGUCCUUAGCAUUCGCCGGCAGAUCUUGGCUCUGAAGACCAAGCUGAAGGAAUGUGAGGACUCUAAAAGUGGCCUUGUGCCUGCCACACCCCCUCCUCCUGCUCCUGGAAGCUGUAGCCAUGGCGGUGUGGUGAACAUCAGCGCUCCUUUUGUGGUUCAGCUCAACUUUCAAGGGUUUAAUUAUAAAUAUGGUGCCUGGGGCCGAGAUUACUCUCCUCAGCAUCCAGAGAGAACCCUGUACUGGGUGGCACCUUUGAAUACAGAUGCCAGGGUUCUAGAGUAUUACAGACUUUAUGACUCACUGGAUAAUCUGUUACUCUAUUCACAUUCCAGACAGUAUCGGAUUCUCUAUGGCCAAGGGGGUGGUACAGUAGCAUUCAACAACAGCCUGUAUGUGAAUUGGUACAAUGGGAGAAACAUUGCCAAAAUUGACCUAACUACCAAUGGAGUCACUGUGAAUCAGCCCCUCCCUCAGGCUGCCUACAAUAACCGCUUUUCAUAUGCUAAUGUGAAUUGGCAAGACAUUGACCUUGCUGUGGACGAGCAAGCACUGUGGGCAAUUUAUGCAACUGAGGCCAGCACUGGUAACAUAGUGAUUAGUAAGCUCAAUGAUACCACUCUUGAGGUGAUAAGCACUUGGGUUACCAAGCAGUACAAGCCAUCUGUUUCUAAUGCCUUCAUUGUAUGUGGAGUUCUUUACGCUACUCGCACUUUGAACACCAGAACAGAAGAGAUCUUUUACUACUAUGACACAAACACACAGAGGGAAGGCAGUCUAGCCAUCACAAUGAGAAAGAUGCAGGAAAGAAUUCAGAGCAUUAAUUAUCAUCCCUAUGACCACAAACUUUAUGUCUACAAUGAUGGUUAUCUUUUGAACUACGAUCUUGUCUUCUUACAGACACCUAAGCAACCUGUCUAAGUGUUAGGCACUUAACUAAGUGAAGGAGGAAUGAAAAGCUUGUUGGAAAUUGUUUUCUCCACAUGUUUAGAUAUCUGCAGGGAAGUCUAGGAGUGUGUUUCUUUAGGCAUGGUGUUAGUAGAGAUAGUUCUGUCUCAAUUUGAUUUCUCUUGGGAACCAUCAUCUUCUUUGGAUAGAUUUAACAACUGAAAUAAGGUCUUUCCAGGUAAGAUUCUCAGAUGCUAGGGAUACUAUGAGUCUAAUGAAGUUUCUAGUGAGGUGAAGUCUAGAAGUUAAAGAACUUAAGGGGAACUCAGUGUGAAUUCUGGGAAUCCUUUCUCUUGAAGAAUUUGCAUGGUAACCAGUCAACCUACCACAUAGGACCAUUGAAUUGUACAUGUGGAAAGGACACUGGGGCUUAAUUAGGUAGGUCAUCAUCAGAAGGUCAACAUGAGAUCAAAUACUUAGCUUUGUUUUCCUCCUGGCUCCUGGAACCUGUUUUGUGUACCAGAUAGUUACAUUUGCCAUCUUAAAUGGUACCUGUUAUAUGUUUUGAAUUUUCUGGAGAAUUGGCCUAUUGUACAGGGAAAUCAGUCCAGGAAGACUUUUCAGAUGCUGUACUUGGCUUUUCUUUUCUCUCAUUCUUCACCUACAUAACUCAGUAGAACCCUUUACCUCAUAAUUCAGGUUCCAAGGCAGACGUAAAAUUAGAAGCAGACUUAACAACAAGCACCUUUCUCUUACUGCUUAUGUGUUUUUCUUAAACAUUGACUAGUUUUUUUUAUGAAACGUGCAUAAAAUCAAUUAACUUUCUUUUGUGUUAUCAUGCAAUAUUGGUUUAUGUAAUUACAAGACUGUAAAAAAAACCAGUUGUCAGUGACAUAAUGGCAGUAUUUCUAGUUAUAUAGUAAAGAUUGUGGAGUAAGUUGUACUGGUUUCUCUCUUUAAGUCUGGAAUUUGCAAGAAAGUGAAAUUUUAUACAUAUAAACAUUUAUAUAUAAAAAUAAUAUAGAAAAGUACUUUGUAGUAUCUGCUUAAUCAAUGCACUGCUUGAGAACAUGCUAAGUGCAAAUGCUAUGGUGGCUUUGGAUGGUUCUACCAUAUGGUCUUGGCUAUUGAUGUUCAAAUCCUAAUCUUAAAAUUCUGUCUUCCUAUUUUUUUUAAAUAAACUAUUAAAGAGUGAACUGAACUAAAGAA